UGAGCAAAGGCCUACUGAGUGUAAUAUGCUGGAGAUAAUAUUAUCAGGAAUGGUCAGGUUGUAACAAUAUGUCUUAAAGGCCUAUCUUGCCUGGUGGUAAUUUACUUUACGUUUGCCACGGGGGACUUAGGAAUGGAUACUAAUCAACAAGUACAUGCGUGCUUCGGGGGAUGCUACUAGCUCUCUUUUUUCAUUGUUGCUCUUAGUCAUUCCUUGAUGGGCUGCUGCGUAUAUAUGAAGGAAUUAACUAGAUGUAGUGUAGUAAUAGCUGGUGAAGUAAGUAGCUUUAUGGUUCAUAUUCAACAAUCUUCCUCGUGUAGCACUGAAUUACCAUUCAACUCCUCUCACCUGUUCCGACCGCUGCAUGAGGUAAUCAUCCCUGAAACGCCCUCUGAUGCCGAGAUCUAAUAUCUUUCUUGCCUGCCGUUACCGGGCAGUAUCAGCGAUAGCUGUAGCUUGUAGGCAAAGGGGCCGGUCAUUCAAAAGGGAUUGGAGGGAAA